UUUAAAAUCAUGAGCUUAAAGCACAGAAAGGCAAAAUACAGAAAUGACGACAAGGAGCAAUUUCUACAAGAACCCUUCUUACGCAUACAACAAAGCGUUUAAUCUCAAUUCUGCAAUUCAAAAUCUUCAAGCUUAUAAUGCUGUCACCGGUAACGUUCAGCCUCCGGUCGAGACGAAUUCCGUCGAGGAAAAGACCAGCCACAGGAAACGCCGACGGGAACGGAAAUCUAAGGUGCAGCAGAACAAUGAAGUGGAAUUGAUUGAUUUGCCUAUGUCUCAUCAGGAUUAUAUUGAAAAAAGGAGGAAGGAGGCUACUUCAACUCAGCCUUAUGAAGAAUUGACUGCAGAAGUGUUGGAACCGUCAAGUUCAGCACUGCAUUUGGUGGAGUACGACAGUGAUGCGAGCACUUCGUCAGAAUGUGAAAAGGGGGAUAAUCCUUAUCCGAAUACUGAAAUUUUACUGGUUAAAGGUAGUGGAAAUGAAACAGAUAGAGUUAAAACUCGCAGUGAGCAGCGAUUUCCUCUUCCAGGAGAACCUGCUUGUGUGGUAUGUGGGAAGUAUGGGGAAUAUAUAUGUGAUGAGACUGAAGAAGACAUCUGCAGUACGGAUUGCAAAUCUGACCUUCUGCAAAAUCUUAAACUCCAGCAGGGGGGCUUAAGUAGCAAAGUCAAAGCUGAGACUUUUUCUGGACAAAAAUGCAAAUUGGAGGUUCCUGGAUCUGGAGGCAACAUCUGGGAUUAUGACCGUCAUCGAUGGUCCAAGAAUAGAUCUGCUCUUUGUACUUAUGAGUGUUGGAAAUGUAAGAGGCCCGGUCAUCUUCCUGAAGAUUGUUUGAUCAUGGCAUCAAAAGUUCUACCCCUUUCCUCUGGUCAAGCUGGUGAAUCCAGCGAACAGGUGGAAGUGGCUCAAAGUAAACCCAGUAUAUCCAAAGAGCUUCUGCAACUGUAUAAAAGAUGCCAUCAAAUUGGCAAAAGCUCAUUGGAUGCUAACUGUAACACCUGCCGAAGAUUAACUACUUUAGCCAUGUGUCUUGAUUGUAGUAAUACCUUUUGUGACAGUGCAGGUCACCUGAGAGAACACAUUACUGGACACCCUUCUCACCGACAAUAUUACUCCUAUAAGCUCAAGCGUUUGGUAAAAUGCUGCAAAUCUACGUGCAGAGUGACAGACAUCAAGGAUCUUUUAGCUUGUCACUAUUGUUUUGAUAAGGCUUUUGACAAGUUCUACGAUAUGUAUUCUGCAACUUGGAAAGCAGCUGGACUUUCAAUUAUCUGCAAUUCUAUUUGCUGUGAGGAUCACUUUGAAUGGCACAGGAUAAAUUGCUUGAGUGCAGGUGUAGAAGACAGUUCCUACAUUGUAAAGAAACACUCAGCUAGUGAGAGCUAUGCUUUGAGCGACUUCAUCUUCUGAAUAGUUGAGCAGCAAGGUACCAUGCAUGCAUCAGAAAUCACGAGCAGUACGAACAUAUGUGUUAUUUAGUUCUUUGAAGAUUUGGUCUGAAGCUGCUAUACUACUUGUCAUCAUCGUCUGUGGUUGAUGCUUGCUGAGCUACUGUCCGAUAAAUGAUUUAACUUUCUAACAACAUUCUAAAUUCAAACUCAAGAAGCAUUCUCGAAGCACUGCUGAAAAGAGAGUAGGAUUUGCCAAUGUCAAUUGCAAGGCGCAAUGGUUUCUGAUGUUUGUCUUGUGCUGAGGUGCCAAUGUCCAUUUGGUUUGUAUAUUCUUGGAAAUUUGGAGGUGGGAGAGGACAUGAGAUACUUAUGAUAAUGAUGCCAUCACACUCAUUUCCAUGUUCCCUAUGUUGUAAAUUCACCCUAACCAGGGGCGGAGCUAUGUAUAAAUUUUAGUUGUUUUGACUUUUCGAACAAUUGAGCAGCAUGCAUAACUUUUACGGCAAAACUUAUUACCAACUGAGCAAGCUCAUGUAUUUAAAAAUUUAAAGGAGGUUAUUCUUGCAAAUCA